AACGCGUCAGGCCAAAGUUUGCGCUCUUGAGUGAGAUUCGCGUUUUCCCACUCAAAAUUCCAACUGGAUCUUGGCUGCUGUCGCUGGCGUUGGUUGGGAUGCUUUGAGUGAGUUUUGCGCAUCCCUUCGAAUGAACUUGCGGGUGGAAAAUCCAAACUACGGGCAGCAGCAGCUGAGAGUAGGAAAAAGGUGCCCGUGCAUUGAACAAGUGAAUCGCGCGAGAGACGAGACACGAUUUUCAUCUGACGGAAUCUCGGUUUCGAUGAACGUACCGCAGUCGGUAAUUCGGGUGGAAAACUUAAAGUUCGGUACAUUUUCAAAACCCGGAGCCCGGAUUUUCGGCUGGUGAGCAGCUGUUGGCCGGAAUAGCCAGGCCGUCGCUGUGUGUUUGCAGCAUCCGCAGAGAAAUAUUGAAGAAGCCCCCCUCCACCACGUGUGUUUUAGGCCGACACGGACGCGGGUCGGUGCCCCCAGCCCCAUUCAUCGAAAAAACGCCAACGGCUUACAUUUAUUAUGCAAACGGGCCGAAAGCAGAGCAACAACAACAACGAAUGAGCGGAGCGGUACAGAGAAAAUGAGAGCGCGGAGAACAACAGAGUGGCGAUAAAAAAACCAAUACAAGAAAAAAGAGUCCGAAUAGCGGUACAAAGUGCGAAAGAAAGGAAAAGCGAAAGUGAGAAAUCAUAUCGGCGGCCGUUAAAAAACUGGAAAGCGCUCAUCCUCUCCUCUUGUAUCCCUUAAACUCUUCUCUUCUAUUCUCUCCUCUCGUCUUUCCCUUCACCAUUUUUUUUUUGUGUUGUACACAGACAACGAAAAAUUUGUCAUCGCAGCGGCGGAGCGGAGAAGAACAAAAGGGACGACUGUUGUGGAGCUUACACAGGGGGGGCAAAAGCAUCACACAAAGAGGAUAGAAAGAAAGAAGGAACGAAAUAAUAAAACACCGAGUGCGGGCGAGAAAGAGAAGGCAGCACCCUGAGCCCCCAGCUCAAUGUCCUACCCCCGCUGGAGACGACACGACGACGCACUCACGCGCACGUGUCGGGGCGCAUAAGCUUCGCACUUGACUUGAACAUUAAACGCGUAGGGCUCUGCCAACGCAGCCGCUGCCGCUGCCACUGCCACUGCCAGUCGCUGCCCUCCCCUCUCCUACCAUCGUGCGUUAUGGAAAUUCUGGAGGCCUACAUCGCACUGCUCCUGUCGGCCCCGGCCCCGGCCCCAGCCAUGGUCCUGCUGUCCUGUGUCCGCGGUGUUGUACCGCCUCCUCCUUCUUGCCACCAGGAGGCUGUAAAAUGUUGAAAAAAUCUCCAGCCUUUCCACGCAAUUUUUGACAGCUGUCAACGUGCGCUCAGCCUCACUGUGCGAGCGCGAGUGCUAGUGUGCGUGUGUGUGUGUGCGGAGGUGGGUGGUGAGUGUGUGUGUUGGGCGUGCGAGUGUGUGCCGUGUGUGGCAUAGUUAUUUCCACUUGGGCGGCAAGGUCAACGCGCCACAUGAAAAUUGAAAAGCAACGCCAGAGCCGCCACAAAAACAAACCGAAAAGCAUGACUAGGAUUCACAGGAACAGGAGUAGGAGCAGGAGCAGGACAAGGAGCAACAGCAACAGCUACAGCAUAAGCAUCAGCACAUGCAGCACAUUCAGCAUCAGGAGAAACAUCCCACAUCCCGCAACCGUCACCUCGGCACCGCUGCAAAAAUGCUUGAGAAAUAUGUCGCCACAUACUAUGUGCGUGUGUGUGAGCAAGUGAAAUUAAAAUUCCCGCAUGCCUAAUGAAUUCUCCAUCCGAAAUAUGUGCCCCAAACGUUUGACGCACGUCCCCGCCACAGCCGCAACAGCAGCCGCAGCCGCAGCCGUCUGUAUCUGUAUCUGUAUAUGUGUUCGUGUCGCGCGAGUGUCUCCGCAUAUGUGAAUGUGAAAGUGUACGCGCUCGCGUGUGCGUUUGUGUUUGUGAGUGAGUGUCAGUUUGUGCGCCUGUGAAAGCCAAAACAACAGUUAAAAAACAAUGGUUAACUAAACCAAAACGAAGGAGAGCAAAAAGUCAACGAAAGAAAUAGCUAAGAAAGGAAGAGCUGAAAAGAUAGGAAACACAACUGAGAACUGAGAGCGGAAAGAAACAGCUGGGAAAUAUUUGAUAAAUCAUUGGCAAAAAGGAGCAGCCAUUGAGGAGCGGAAGAGUGAGAGUGGCAUCCGCAUUCUGCUAGACAACAAGCUGGAGGGCAUGUCCACAGCCAAAAGGCUGGUGCUCUCGCUACGUGGACGCAAGAACUCGCAGGGCAACUCGGCGACAUCCUCCACCCGCCUGGUAUCGGCCGGCACCUCGCCCGGCCAUGAGCUGGAGGAAAUAGCCGUUGUCUCUGGCACCGGCUCGAGCAGCCAUCACUUCUCCUAUGGCGGGUGUAUUGCCAGCAGCGAUGCCGCCGGCGCAGCCUCAACGCCGCGAUACUCCACAGCUGAUUCGGCGACGUGCAAGUCCAAGGCAAGGGCCACGCCCAGCCUGAGGCGCGACGCGGCCAUCGAUGGUGAGGCGACAGAUGACAAUGACAGUGGCCGCCACCUGCAACUCGCUGCUGCUGAUGCUGAUGCUGAUGAUGAUGAACGAUGGCCACAGGCUGCCCCAUGCCCCAGAGCCGCCACAGUAGCCACUCGUCAGAGCAGCAGCAACAAAGGAGCUUCAAGUGGAACUGCCACAGCAACUGGAACUUCUCAUAGAUUGGCGCCGAGAGCGAGCUUCCCGGAAAUCAUGCAGCCGCGUCUCUCGCUCAAUGGAUUGCUGAAUCCCGCGCUGAUGCCCUCGCCCCGGCCACUGUACCGGGAUCACAGUUCGCGCUCCAUCAACCCGCUGACCGCCUACGAGCAGCAGAUGGCCGAGCUGGAUGGCAGCUUCUAUGCCAGCAAUGCGGCGUAUUUGGGUGCCGGCAUGGGCGGCAGUGGCAGUGCGGGCGGUGCCACAACCUGCACGAAUCUGACAGUGGGUGGCACCUCGCCCAGCGGUGGUGGUGGUGUGUCCCAUGGUGGUGGUAUCGGUAUUGGUGGUGCUCCUGCUGGUGGUGCUCCUGCCAUACACACAACCGAGCUCUCAAUUACGCCCACAAUGGCCAACGAUGAGCAAUUCAUCGACUUGGGCAGCCUGCGACGCUUCUCAAUCGAUCGCCAGAGCUUUCUCGAUUUAGGACCAAAGUUUGGCAUGUCCCAGCCGAAAUUCGGCCAGAGCGUCUCGCAACAAGGUUUCUUCACGUCGCACGACAGCCUGGCCACACCAUGCCACAACUCGAGGGCCAGCAACUCGCAGAUGGCCACCGUAAGCACUGCCUCCGAAAUGGAUCUGCUGCACAACAGCAAGCAACGCGGCGGCUGCCACAAGUCGCGCGGCCGGCUGAAAACAACAACCAGCGGCGAUCAGCCGCUCCUCAGUGGCACCGGCACCGGCACCGGCACCUGGAACCGAUCGACACACGGAGGACGUGGCUCGCAGGAUAACACGCUGGCCAGUGGUGGCAACACCAAUCUACCCAUGGGUGGACACAAUCAAUACGGCGGCAACUAUUGCAACGGCACAGACCGUUAUCCUCGCUCACGGUCGCAGCAUCAGCAGUCGCAGCAUAAUGUGGCACCCGCUGCACCGCACCGCUACCAGCUGCAGCACUCGGCAUCGCAUCACAUGCACUCGCAUGCAGCAGCCUCACAGGGCGCUGGGGACGGACAGGGCGGACACGGCGGACACUCGCAUCACGGCGGACACCAUGGCGGAGGAGGGCCCGGCAGCGGGGCGCCGCACGGCGGCCAGCCGCACCACAAGAAGCCACACCGCACCGCCUCGCAGCGGAUUAGGGCGGCGACGGCCGCCCGUAAGCUUCACUUCGUGUUCGAUCCGGCGGGGCGGCUGUGCUACUACUGGUCCAUGGUCGUGUCCAUGGCCUUCCUGUACAACUUCUGGGUGAUAAUCUACCGCUUCGCCUUCCAGGAGAUCAACCGCAGGACGAUUGCCAUCUGGUUCUGUCUCGACUACCUGUCGGACUUCCUCUAUCUGAUUGACAUUUUCUUUCACUUCCGCACCGGCUACCUGGAGGACGGGGUGCUCCAGACGGACGCCCUCAAGCUGCGCACCCACUACAUGAACUCGACGAUCUUCUACAUCGACUGCCUGUGCCUGCUGCCGCUGGACUUCCUCUACCUGUCCAUCGGCUUCAACUCCAUCCUGCGCAGCUUCCGCCUCGUCAAGAUCUACCGCUUCUGGGCCUUCAUGGACCGCACCGAGCGGCACACCAACUACCCGAAUCUCUUCCGCUCCACGGCCCUCAUCCACUACCUGCUUGUGAUAUUCCACUGGAACGGCUGCCUCUACCACAUCAUCCACAAGAACAACGGGUUCGGCUCCCGCAACUGGGUCUACCACGACUCCGAGUCCGCGGACGUCGUCAAGCAAUACCUGCAGAGCUACUACUGGUGCACCCUGGCCCUCACGACCAUCGGGGAUCUGCCCAAGCCGCGCUCCAAGGGCGAGUAUGUUUUUGUGAUCUUGCAGCUGCUCUUCGGCCUCAUGCUGUUCGCCACGGUCCUCGGGCAUGUGGCCAACAUUGUGACGUCCGUCAGUGCCGCACGCAAGGAGUUCCAAGCCAAGCUGGAUGGCGUCAAGACGUACAUGCGGAUGCGACGUGUGCCGAAUCAUUUGCAGGUGAAGGUCAUCAAGUGGUUCGAUUACCUGUGGCUCACACAAAAGUGCUCGGACGAGGAGCGCGCCGUUUCCUGUCUUCCUGACAAAUUAAAGGCUGAAAUAGCAAUUAACGUCCAUUUAGAUACACUUAAGCGGGUUGAGAUAUUCCAAAACACCGAAGCUGGUUUCCUCUGCGAGCUGGUGCUGCGACUGCGGCCGGUGCUCUUCUCGCCCGGCGACUACAUCUGCAGGAAGGGCGAGGUGGGCAAGGAGAUGUACAUUGUGAACCGUGGACGUUUGCAGGUUGUCGCCGACAAUGGAAAGACGGUGAUGGCCUCGUUGAAGGCCGGUUCCUAUUUUGGCGAGAUUAGUAUACUCAAUAUGGGCACAGCAGGUAAAGAACUUGGCAACAGACGCACAGCCAGCGUACGGUCGGUGGGCUACAGCGACCUGUUCGUGCUGAGCAAGAAGGACAUGUGGGACGUGCUGAAGGAGUAUCCGGCGGCGCGUGUGCGUCUGGAGUCGAUAGCCGUCAAGCGCUUGGAGAAAUACAAGAAGGCGCCACUAGAGAAAGUCAAAUACUUUAAUGUAGUUGCCAUGGGCCGGUGCCAGUCGACGCCCGGUCUGGUCGAGAGCUGUGGCCGCACCUCGCUCGAGGACAUGUGGCUGCCACCAGCACCAGUACCCUUAUCCUCGCUGCUGCAACAUCAUCUGACACAUCAGCAGCAGCAGCAGCAGCAUCAUCAUCAGCAGCAGCAGCAGCACCAGCAGCCGCCGUUACAUCAGCAGCAGCAGCAGCAGCAGCAGCAUGGGUAUAGCCCGCGCAGCUACGCGGACCGUCUGGUGCGUGCCACGGACUCACCCAGAUCGGUCAGCCCCAGUGCCCACGGGUCCGAGGAGCGUCCGCGCAGUCGGGCCGCCUCACAUCACUCGAUACGACCCCAGUCGCAGCCCAGCCACACGGGUCACAUCUGCGACUCGAGCUCGCAGCUGGAGUGCUAUGGCGCGGGCGUGGGAGCUGCUGGUGGAGGCACAACGCCGCUACUGGGCUCCCACGAGGUGCUCGAGGACGAGAUCAAGCGACUGAGGGAACGACUGCAUACGGUGGAGUCGGAGAACCAGGCGCUGAACACGAAACUCUCGCAACAGCAGUGGGAUCUGGAGAAUCGACUGGCCGAGAUCGAGAUGCAGAUCUGCGGCGUGUCGUCCACGUCCAGCGUGGAUCCGGAGAACGAGACGGAGGAGCUGGAACGGAAUCGAGAGAGUAUCAUAUAACACGGGAGCGCGCUGCCCCAUCAGCCGAUCGGAGCAGCAGCAGCCACGCAGCAGGAGCCCCAGGAGCCCCAGGAGCCAGCCAGGCUGGAAGUUGGGACACAGACCCACAACAAGUGCAGCUCUUUAUAGGAUAGCGGCCAUACAUCACCCAAGAUGUUCAAUUAAACUCUUUUACGAAGGAAGCGACAACUCACAACACCAACAAAAUAAAUGGCACUGCCUCAAACAAAAACCAAACACCACAGAAGGACGAUGCCGAGUGUACAUACGAGGGAAGUGGAGUUGCCACAAAAAGAGAUCAAACGUAGUCUAAGAAAACAAACCCAAAGAGGAGAGAUCUGCAGAUCGUAUUGUAAUUUAAGAUAUCGGAAAAGCUUUACUAGACAUUCCGAAAAUAGCUUUUCGCAGCCCCAUAACUCGUUGCCC